GUCAAGUCUAGCGCGCGUUACGCAUUGAUGGCUCAAAAGCAGAAUCCGAAUAAUCCUGUUGUAUUUUUCGAUGUUACAAUUGGGGGCGAGGAGGUUGGACGCAUAAAACUGGAGCUGUUUGCAAACACGUGCCCUAAAACAGCAGAGAAUUUUCGGCAAUUCUGCACGGGUGAAUUCAGGAAGGAUGGAGUUCCGAUUGGAUACAAGGGUGCUACGUUUCAUAGAGUAAUCAAAGACUUCAUGAUUCAGGGAGGCGACUUUAUCAAGGGUGAUGGUACUGGCACAACCAGCAUCUAUGGAAUGAUGUUUGCAGACGAGAACUUCCAUCAUAAGCACACUGGCCCUGGAAUCCUCUCAAUGGCUAACAGUGGAUCCCAUACCAAUGGCUGUCAGUUCUUCAUUACAUGUGCCAAAUGUGAAUUUCUGGACAACAAACAUGUCGUCUUUGGUCAAGUCAUCGAUGGUCUUCUAGUCAUGAGGAAGAUAGAGAAUGUUCCUGUGGGCCCAAACAAUAAACCCAAGCUGCCGGCAGUGAUAUCUCAAUGUGGUGAAUUAUAAAUAGGAGUCUGAUUAGGAGGUGUCUUCGUGAUGUACUGUAGUGAGUGACUUGUAGGCAGACAUCGAGUGCAAUGCUAAAUAUAUAAUGCCCAUGCUGUGGACAUGAGGGUAGUUGAUAUAACUGUGUAUUAUGCAUCGUUAGGUCCAGCUGACAAUGUUGUGUAACAUAACUGUUUUGGAUA